CAAGCAUCGCGGGCGAUCGGACGAGGCGGGCACCGGCCUCCUGCGCGGCACCUCGCGCCCCGCCGGCGAGGGACCCACGACCCCAGGUCCGGGGCGCGGCCGCUCCCGGGAGAGCCCGCUGCGUGCUGCUGGCCACCCUCGAGCAUCCGGCAAGAUGAGCGCCUGCGGGAGGAAGGCCCUGACCCUGCUGAGCAGCGUCUUCGCCGUCUGCGGCCUGGGCCUCCUGGGCAUCGCUGUCAGCACUGACUACUGGCUCUACCUGGAGGAGGGCGUGGUCCUGCCCCAGAACCAGAGCACGGAAGUCAGGAUGUCCCUGCACUCGGGCCUCUGGCGAGUCUGCUUCCUGGCAGGUGAAGAACGAGGACGCUGCUUCACCAUCGAAUAUGUAAUGCCCAUGAACUCCCAGCUCACGUCUGAGUCCACAGUCAAUGUUCUAAAAAUGAUUCGCUCAGCCACACCGUUCCCUCUGGUCAGCCUCUUCUUCAUGUUCAUCGGGUUUAUUCUGAGCAACAUAGGACACAUCCGUCCCCACCGGACAAUACUGGCCUUUGUUUCCGGCAUCUUCUUUAUCCUCUCAGGCCUCUCUCUCGUGGUGGGCCUGGUGCUCUACAUCUCCAGCAUCAACGAUGAGAUGCUCAACAGGACCAAGGAUGCAGAGACCUACUUCAACUACAAAUACGGAUGGUCGUUUGCCUUUGCUGCCAUCUCCUUCCUUUUAACAGAGAGUGCGGGCGUGAUGUCAGUGUACCUGUUCAUGAAGAGGUACACCGCCGAGGACAUGUACCGGCCCCAUCCCGGCUUCUACCGCCCGCGUCUGAGCAACUGCUCCGAUUACUCCGGCCAGUUCCUGCACCCGGACGCCUGGAUCCGGGGCCGCAGCCCCUCCGACAUAUCCAGCGACGCCUCCUUGCAGAUGAACAGCAACUACCCAGCCUUGCUCAAGUGCCCUGACUAUGACCAGAUGUCUUCUUCCCCCUGCUGAGCCCUCCCAACUCCCAGCUGGGACUGAGGACAGCCGAGAAACCCGACCUUUCCCCCUGCCCGGCCCUGAGCCCCCGGCCACCUCCUGCUUAGCCGUGGUUCCUUGACCUUCUUCUCUCCCUGCUUUUCCCAAAGCAACUCCAGGGCACAUCCCGUUGGAGCCUAGAGCCAAGGAGGACGCUGAUUGGCCAAGAACAUGGGCAAAGAAGCCCCUCUGGAGUGCCAGUCCCUGCAGUGGCUCUGGGAAGCCAGCACCCCCACGCCAGCAGGGGACUGUGUUCCGCUUGGUUAUUGUUUGUGAACUCCCAUCUUGACGGCCCCAGCCAGGGCCACCUCUGACAUGCCAAGUUCCUGACACACACGCAGCCGGCCUCGGGGGCCUGCCAAGUGGCCUGGCCCCCCUGUUCAUGAUCUGGGCGGCGAGGACCGAUGGUGGCUCUGAUAGGGAGGUCAGGAUGACCCAGAAACAUCCUUUGUCCUUUCUUGUCACCCAUGUCCCUCCGCAAAAGGCACCUGUCUAUGCACCCUGGUUCCCAGGGUGCGGCCCCUUCCUCCUCCCAGUCCCCGACAACUCAGAGUCCCCGGACCGGGGCUGGGGCGGGGGUCCGCGGCAGUGCUAAGUCACACAGAGGUGUUAAUGGCUGAAGAUGUCUUAAUAUACACGGCCCCUUGAUGACAUA